AUGAACGCUGAAAGGGCUGAAGCGAACUCGAGGCUUCUGGAGCUUUCGAAGAGGAACCUGGAAAAUAAAACGCAGAAGGAGCUGGAACAGAAACAGAAGCAGGAGGAACAGCAGGAGCAGAGGAGGAUCAUCAUGAAGUCCCUGCUAACCCCGGAUGCACACGCACGAUGUAAAGAAAAAGGAGUGUUCUUUUAA